UUAGAACUUUACAAACCGUAAUAAAAGUUACAAACUAUACCAAGAACAAACCAAGAACAAGAAUAAAAACAAGAACAAGAACAAGAACACGAAGAAGAACACGAAGAAGAACAAGAACAAGAACAAGAACAAGAAAGACCCCGAUCGAAUCAAAAAAGCACCACCAUCAAGAUGAAACUCCAAGAAUAUUCGAUUCAACUUUUCACAAGAUCACCACCUCUCAUAAAACUAACCAUCAUCUUAACAUUCUUAACACAAUCAAUUUACAUUGUAUAUUUAAUGUGGAAAGUUUUCAUAAAAGUUUUACGUCAAAGACUUUUUUCAUCGAAUCAACUUAAACGAAACCAACUUAUUAAUCAAACUAUUAAUCAAUCAAGUUCUACUCUUCAAACUUUUCGGGAAAAAAGGGUGAUUGGAUUGUUUCAUCCUUAUUGUAAUGCUGGUGGUGGUGGUGAAAGAGUUUUAUGGACUGCAGUUUCGUUUCAUCAAAGAUCUGAUCCGAAUACGAUUUGUGCAAUUUAUACUGGAGAUCUAAAUGUUACUAAAUCAGAAAUGAUCAACAAAGUUAAACAACGAUUCGAUAUCGAUUUAGAUCCGUAUGCUUUGAUUCUGAUUCCUUUAAAGACUCGGUACUUGGUUGAGUCUAGUAGAUGGCCAAGGUUUACGUUGGUCGGUCAAUCACUAGGUUCGAUGGUUUUAGCCUACGAAGCCAUAACUCAACUGAUUCCCGAUAUAUACAUUGAUACGAUGGGAUACGCUUUUACGUUUUUGGUUUGGUCUGCUUUAACGUCUAUUCCGAUUGGAGCUUAUGUACAUUAUCCAACGAUCAGUACGAAUAUGUUGAAAAGAGUCACCGAUCGAAACUCGUCUUAUCAGAAUUCAACUUCAAUCUCUUCUAGUUUCGUUUUAUCUUAUCUUAAAGUAUUGUAUUAUUUACUUUUUGCUGAAGUGUAUUCAGUUUGUUUAAAACGAGCUGAUUAUUUAAUGGUGAAUUCUACAUGGACCAAAACUCAUGUAGACAAACUACUCCGAGCGCAUUUCCAUCACUCUCAUUCUUCAACCCCUCCAAGAUCAUCUCAAAUAGUUUAUCCUCCAUGUGACGUGAAGACAUUCACAAGUUUUCCUCUUCUAAAUCGAAAGAAACUCAUCUUAUCAAUCUCUCAAUACAGACCUGAAAAAGAUCAACUUAAACAAAUCGAAUCGUUUGCAAAGUUUUCAAGUUCAUCAAACUUUUCAAAAGAUGUAAAGAUGAUCUUAGUUGGUAGUUGUAGGAAUCAAGAAGAUUUGGAUAGGGUUGAAAGUUUGAGAAAUAGGUGUAAGGAAUUAGGUAUCCAAUCGAGUGUUGAACUUAGGGUGAAUGUCGGAUGGGAUGAACUUAAGGAACUUUUGGGGAGCAGUUUGGUGGGCAUCAGUACGAUGGUUGAUGAACAUUUCGGGAUUAGUAUUGUAGAGUUUAUGGCAGCAGGAUUAGUACCAUUAGUCCACAAAUCAGGUGGACCAUUAAUGGAUAUCAUCAAUGAGACUGGAAACCGAACCGGAUUUUUCGGUACAGAUGUAGAUUCCUUUGCAGCUAGAUUAGAAGAGAUCUUUAGGCUUUCAGAAACAGAUUGUUUGAAGAUUAGAAGUGAGGCUAGAAGAGUGAGUGUGGAAAAGUUUUCCGUCAAGGUGUUUGAAUCUGCUUGGGAGAAUGGGGUUGGGGAAGUUAUGAGGGUUGGGAUGGAUAGGAUUGGGAAAAAAGAGAAGAAGAGUGAGUGAGGUCGAGUGGGAGUUGGAGUUGGAAGGCAGAUUGGGUAAGUAGUUUUGGUUUUUUUUGCUUUGGAUUGGUAAUGGAAUCAAUGAAAUUGUUUUAUAAUUUAUAUUUCUGGAUAAUUAGAUAUCUGUAAGAAGCAAUCAUGAGCUUUGAAGUUUGGUGAGUUUCCGAAUGCAGUGUAUGUAUAUAUAUUAAGAAUGAUGAACAUUUUCAGGAAUGCAAAAGAUAUGAUUACAUAUU